GUCUUUAUCAAAGCGUAUUUAUCAAAUAUGGAGAGGGCAAGAACAUCCUAUUGACCCUACACAAAAUAUGUUUUCUUUGAAUCAGACUCAAAUAACUAAAAAUUCAACAGUAGGAAAAAAGAAUCUUAUAACCGAAACCCUUAUUGAUUUAAAUACUGAUUUGCCAAUAGAUAACACAGUGCCCAAUAAAGAUAAGAAAUCGUCUAAUACAAUGCCUCUAUAUUCUCAAAUUAAAUCUCACAAUAUCCAGCUUUCUAUUGAAUCGCAAGAUAUG